GAAAUAGAAAGAAAAUGCAUCUUGAAGAUUAAGAUACACACAACAAUCCGUAAGUGCGUCAGAAUUUUCAGAACCCGCGGUUCGCUGGAACUCUCGAAAUAAACAACUAAAUGCCACUGUACAUCUGAAGCUAUCGCAAGUGGAUAGCGCAGUAGAUAUAGAAAAACAGCGAUCGCAACCGAUCCGUCCGGAACACGAUAUAAUGUCGGGACUGCGAAACACCUCGGAGGCCGUUGCAGUGCUCGCUUCCCUGGGACUCGGAAUGGUUCUGCUCAUGUUCGUGGCUACCACGCCGCCGGCCGUUGAGGCCACCCAGUCGGGGAUUUACAUAGACAACGGCAAGGACCAAACAAUCAUGCACCGGGUGCUGAGCGAGGACGACAAGCUGGACGUUUCGUACGAGAUCCUCGAGUUCCUGGGCAUCGCCGAACGGCCGACGCACCUGAGCAGCCACCAGUUAUCGCUGAGGAAGUCGGCUCCCAAGUUCCUGCUGGACGUCUACCACCGCAUCACGGCGGAGGAGGGUCUCAGCGAUCAGGAUGAGGACGACGCCUACGAACAUGGCCAUCGGUCUAGGAGAAGCGCCGACCUCGAGGAGGAUGAGGGCGAGCAGCAGAAGAACUUCAUCACCGACCUGGACAAGCGGGCCAUCGACGAGAGCGACAUCAUCAUGACCUUCCUGAACAAGCGCCACCACAACGUGGACGAACUGCGUCACGAGCACGGCCGGCGACUGUGGUUCGACGUCUCCAAUGUGCCCAACGACAACUACCUGGUGAUGGCCGAGCUGCGCAUCUACCAGAACGCCAACGAGGGCAAGUGGCUGACCGCCAACAGGGAGUUCACCAUCACGGUCUACGCCAUUGGCACCGGCACCCUGGGCCAGCACACCAUGGAGCCGCUGUCCUCGGUGAACACCACCGGCGACUACGUGGGCUGGUUGGAGCUCAACGUAACCGAGGGCCUGCACGAGUGGCUGGUCAAGUCGAAGGACAAUCAUGGCAUCUACAUUGGGGCACACGCUGUCAACCGACCCGACCGCGAGGUGAAGCUAGACGACAUUGGGCUGAUCCACCGCAAGGUGGACGACGAGUUCCAACCCUUCAUGAUCGGCUUCUUCCGCGGACCGGAGCUGAUCAAGGCGACGGCCCACAGCAGCCACCACAGGAGCAAGCGAAGCGCCAGCCAUCCCCGCAAGCGCAAGAAGUCGGUGUCGCCCAACAACGUGCCGCUGCUGGAACCCAUGGAGAGCACGCGCAGCUGCCAGAUGCAGACCCUGUACAUAGACUUCAAGGAUCUGGGCUGGCACGACUGGAUCAUCGCCCCAGAGGGCUACGGCGCCUUCUACUGCAGCGGCGAGUGCAAUUUCCCGCUCAACGCGCACAUGAACGCCACGAACCACGCGAUCGUCCAGACUCUGGUCCACCUGCUGGAGCCCAAGAAGGUACCCAAGCCCUGCUGCGCUCCGACCAGGCUGGGAGCACUACCCGUUCUGUAUCACCUGAACGACGAGAAUGUGAACCUGAAAAAGUAUAGAAACAUGAUUGUGAAAUCCUGCGGGUGCCAUUGAAUCCAAUUUACCACUUAGGCUAAGCACUAUAAAGCAUUUCUGUGUAGAUGUCCAUCUCUGUACUAAUCUCGAAUAUUUUUAUACAAAAAUAUACAGCGCUGUACCUAACUGAA